CCACUGGAAGUCGUUAUUGAAGCAUGCACACAACAGUGUUUCUGUAGCGCUUAAUAACUGAUGGAGCCUUUGGCUUUCUCCUCCAGUGAGAUGGUGGACUGCUUCAAUGAGAUCGCAGCGGACCCGGACUGCAGGGUGGUGCUCGUCUCAGGGGCUGGGAAGAUCUUCACAGCUGGAAUCGACCUGAUGGACAUGGCCGGAGACGUCCUCCAACCAGAGGGGGACGACAUGGCCAGAAGGUCGUGGAACAUGAAAAAAAUAAUCACCAAGUACCAAGAGACGUUCAGCGUCAUAGAGAAGUGUCCAAAGCCUGUUGUGGUGGCCAUUCACGGAGCGUGUGUGGGGGGAGGUGUGGACCUGAUCACCGCCUGUGACAUCCGUCU